UUUAAAGCAGAGCUGCACAGCAUACAGAACACACUCACACACAGUAGAGCAAGUCUCAUGACAUUACAUUAGAGGUGUGUGGAUGCACUCCACACAAACACAUAAACACACACACUCAUAUAAACAUACACAUGUGUGGACUGGACUGCUCCACUACUGGACCUCUCACUCAGCAGUACCCUCCGAAAGAGCCACGGAGCCUAUAAUUAACAGCUCUUGUCCUCUAUGGAGUUUAAUUGGGCUUAAAUGGCUUAGAUUCCUAAGCAGCCAUCUUAAUGCACAUUCCUUUAAUACCAUUCUAACUGUGCUGGGAAACGGUUAUAGAACACCUAAAACUCUCCCUUUUAAGACCUCUCUGUGGACUAAACAGCAGAGAAAGAGGGAGACCUAUCUAUCCCUCCCUUCAUCACCUCCUUUCAGCAGUCCAGGCAGGAGAACCUGUGGGAGAGAAGGAGAAGAGGAGGAAAGAACAGGAAGAGCUGGCGCCACCGUCCAUUGAACCUAUCCACCGCUUAAUUUCCUGUAAUCUGGGGGUUACUGUUGCUAGUGGGGACAUGGACACUUCUAUACCUGUGUUGGCUGGCGGGGACAAAGUGUGUGACAAGAUGGUGUGCGAGGCACUGGGCCACUUCGAAGCCACACUGGCGGCGGCGGUGCGCGAGGUGCAUGUGGAUGUGAGCGCCUUCAAGCGGGGUGUGGAGCGGCGGGUGGACGAGGCAUGCCGGGCACAGGGACCCCUGGCCGAGGCUCUUCAGCGGCUGACGCAGGAGAACCUGCAGCUCCGAAGCCAGCUGGAGGUGCUGGCCUGCCUGAUGGAGGGUCUGACGGGAAGAGUGGUGGACAGAAGCGCCCUCGAGGAGAGGGCCAGUAGGGGAUGGAUCCCCAUGACUUCGUCCCAGGGGACGGUCAACAUAAGCCAGGGGAGCCCCUCCACCACGGUCCCCUCUGGACUGUCGGAGUCUGGUUCUUCUGGUCUUGGUUCUGAUGCCUCUAGUUCUACAUCAGCCUCUCUCUCCAGCAGGGAGCCAAUGGGGGAUACCAGCAUGUCUAAUGGACAUAAGGUUGUUGACCAAAUGGAAGAGAAAAAUGUUGCUGCUGUGUUGGAGAAUGGACAUGACAAAGAACAGAAGUCUGCUGGUCAUCCAUUAGUAGAUGUCACCUCAACCAAAGCAAAAUCGGAUUAUUUGUAUAAAUCUGAGGGCUCGUCAUUCGGCAAUCCUCAUCUUUCCUGUACUGCCAUGACCAAAACGGACUCCCCCACUAGCCCCAAACCGCCAGCACAAUCUCCUGCUUUGGCCCAAAAGUGUCCUGCUUCAACACCAAAGUCUCCUACCUAUCCAAUAGCAGACGUCACCACUCCCAAAACAGCACUUGAUGUUCUGUUUAGUCCCGCAGAGACUUUGCCUGGACAACAUCAGGAAGUGAGGUCACCAGUCAGCAGUCAUGCAGCUCAGCAAGAGCACCCCACCCCUGUAUCUCUGUCCCCGCCCUAUGCCUCUGUCAGUGCCAUGAGCAGCACUAGCCCCGAGGUACCAACUGCACCAGCCCCAACUCAGUCCCCUGCCACCUCAUCUUGGGCCCCUGAUGCCCCAACUCAGUCUCCUGCAGCCCCAACCAGGUCUUCUGCAGCCCCAAGUCAGUCUUCUGCUGCCCAAUCUCAGUUUCCUGCAGUCCCUCCAUCUCCUGCCCCUGCACCCAAAACACCUAGACAAUCAAUAUUUGAGGAGACCAAACCCAAAGCAUCAGGAGAAUUUCCUUUCAAACGUAGUGAACGUGUAGUACAUGCAGUUAAGGCAGCGAGCCCGAGUCUUACCCGUAGCAUGAGCUUCACAGCAACCACAGAAAAACUCCUACCACCCAGAAAAGUGGCUCCCCCUGGCACAGACAGGAGCCUGGACAAGUUUGGCGGUCUGGAAAGUUUUGGCGGUCCGAACAAGUUUGGCAUUCUGGACAGGCUUGGUGGUCUGGACAAGUUUGGGGGUGGUGGGGAGCGGAAGCUGCAGAGGUCACAAACGUUGCCUCGCAACCUCGGGAUGCAGGGCAAACGGUCUCUGUUUGAAAGUUUGGCCUACGAGUGUGGCAGGUCCAAGGCUGCAGGACCAAAGCCCAAACUGCAGCACUCUCAGAGUUUCAACAGCGCUAGCAACAUCAAGGCAAUGCUCCUGGAAUGGUGCCGCUCCAAAACCAUUGGCUACCAGAACAUAGACAUCCACAACUUCUCGUCCAGCUGGUGUGAUGGGAUGGCAUUCGCUGCCCUGGUCCACUCCUUUUUCCCCCUGGUGUUUGACUACAACACACUGAACCCUGCCAAUCGCAAACACAACUUUGAAGUGGCCUUCACCACAGCAGAGGAGCAAGCCGACUGUGUGCGUCUCAUAGAGGUGGAGGAUAUGAUGGUGAUGGGUAGCAGACCAGACCCUAUGUGUAUUUUCACCUACGUCCAGUCCCUCUACAACCACCUCAAGAAGUUUGAAUGACACUCCCAUGCAGAGAUGAGCACCCCUAUCAUCACCAGUUACAUUGACUCAUGUCGUCAGCAAACCCAAGCACUACUCCCUACUUUGUUCAAAUCUUGAUAACUGUAUAUGACGAUUGUGCCUGUAGAAUUCUAUUUGAAUUCUUCUGGUCCUGUAAUAAUGUGCUGUGCAUAUGGUUUGUGGUUUUAUUUUUCCUCAUUUAGAAAAUAGAGGUAGUCAAUUGGGGAAAAUAUUGGUAGUUUUACAAAGAUAUUUUUUGACUCAGAGCCAAAUGCUGGUUAUUUUCUAUUGGUAUAAUACGGAUGCAUAUCAUAAAAGAAAUAGAACAAGA